AUGGCGGCCCUCGGCGAAGAUCUGCUCAACACGGUCAACAAGUUGCAGGACCUGGUGUUCAACACCAUUGGCAACGAUUCCCUCGACCUCCCCCAAAUUGUCGUCGUGGGAUCCCAGUCCGCCGGAAAAUCUUCCGUUCUCGAAAACAUCGUCGGCCGAGACUUUCUGCCCCGAGGCAGCGGCAUCGUAACCCGGCGGCCGCUGAUCCUGCAGCUCAUCAACAUCCCGGAGGAUGAGACGGCACCAGAUCCGUUCAACGACCCCUACCGCUCGCCCGGUGCUGCGCGGCGCUCAGAAUGGGCCGAGUUCCACCACAUCCCCAAUAGACGGUUCAACGACUUUAUAGAUGUCAAGCGGGAGAUUGAGAAUGAGACAGCCAGAGUUGCCGGUACCAACAAAGGCAUCAAUAGACAGCCCAUAAACCUCAAGAUUUACUCCCCGCAUGUCCUCAACCUGACCCUGGUCGAUCUGCCCGGUUUAACCAAGGUGCCCAUUGGUGAUCAGCCUUCUGAUAUCGAGAAGCAAACGAGGAACUUGAUAUCCGAGUACAUCGCCAAGCCCAACAGUAUUGUUCUGGCGGUGUCGCCUGCCAAUGUCGACCUUGUCAACUCAGAGGCUCUUAAGCUUGCUCGGCAUGUGGAUCCUCUUGGCAGGAGAACCAUCGGCGUUCUCACCAAGAUCGACUUGAUGGACCACGGCACCAAUGCCCUCGACAUCCUGUCCGGCCGCGUGUACCCCCUGAAGCUUGGCUUUAUCGGCGUCGUGAACCGCUCGCAGCAGGAUAUUCAGGGCAACAAGCCCAUGGAGGAUGCCCUCAAAGCCGAAAUGGACUUCUUUAAGCACCACCCGGCUUACCGUAACAUCUCAAGCCGAUGUGGCACGCAGUUCUUGGCCAAGACGCUUAACACGACUCUCAUGGCCCACAUUCGAGAGCGGCUGCCCGACAUCAAGGCACGCCUCAACACUUUGAUGGGCCAGACCCAGCAGGAGCUCGCCGGCUAUGGUGAUAUGCACUUUAGCGGAAAGGAGCAUCGCGGCUCAUUGAUUCUGCAGCUCAUGACACGAUUCGCAACCUCCUUCAUCUCCUCCAUCGACGGUACAUCCACUGAAAUCUCGACCAAGGAGCUUUGCGGUGGUGCCCGAAUCUACUACAUCUUCAACUCUGUUUUUGGAAGCUCACUAGAUACCAUCGAUCCCACUUCAAACCUUUCAGCGUUGGAUAUUAGAACGGCAAUUCGCAACUCCACUGGUCCUCGGCCCAGCUUGUUCGUGCCCGAGAUGGCUUUUGAUCUGCUUGUGAAGCCCCAGAUCAAGCUCUUGGAGAUUCCUAGCCAGCGCUGCGUCGAACUUGUCUACGAAGAACUCAUCAAGAUUUGCCACACAUGCGGCUCAAUAGAACUUUCCAGAUUCCCAAGACUCCAAGCAAAGCUCAUCGAGGUGGUAUCGGAUCUCCUGCGAGAGCGGUUAGGCCCCGCCUCAAACUACGUCGAGUCACUCAUUUCCAUUCAGCGCGCAUACAUCAACACGAACCACCCCAACUUCCUAGGCGCCGCCGCAGCAAUGAGCAAUGUUGUCAGCGCCAAACAGGAGCGGGAACGCAAGAGGGUCAUCCUGGAGGAGCGUGAGCGCCGGGAGAAGCGGCGGCUCAAGGAGCUUGGACCCAACGGCACGGAGCCACAAGAGGAUGGCGAGGAGAGCCCGGUUGCGGAGGGAACCCCGCGGGCAGAGCCUAACCUUCGCAAACUCGCCACGACGAAGCCUUCACGAAGCAUGUCGCCUGCCGUCCACCAGGACGCCCUGGUUGGCCUCGGCGCAUCCAUGAAUGGAAUCCGACCAUCGUCUCCGGGCAUGAAUGGUCAAGGAAUUGGCGGUGCUCGCGAUACAUUCUUGAACUACUUCUUCGGCAAGGAUGGCAUGGCGCCAGUCAGCGCCCCUAUUACUCCCACCACCAACGGCAGACAUACCAGCCACCCUUCAGAGCCCACCUUCUCUCAGAGUCUCCGCCGUGAAGAGAAGCUGGUGGUCCGGACCUCUACCGCUCCCCCCUCAGUGACAGACGAGUAUGACCCAUCAUCUCGAAGUUACGGCCUGGCAUCACAUCUGGGCGAAUCUAACGAACCCGCCAUGACCGAGCGCGAGGCCAUGGAAGCAGAGCUCAUCCGCGCCCUCAUCUCCUCCUACUUCAACAUCGUCCGCGAAUCCAUCGCCGACCAGGUCCCCAAGGCCAUCAUGCACCUCCUCGUCAACCACUGCAAAGACGUCGUCCAGAACCGCCUCGUCAGCGAGCUCUACAAGGAGAACCUCUUCGAAGAGCUCCUCUACGAGGACGAUGGCGUCAAGAAGGAGCGUGAGAAAUGCGAGAAGCUCCUCCAGACAUACCGCGAAGCAGCAAAGAUUAUCGGCGAGGUCCUGUAA